AUGAAAUUCAGUCAGCAGCUUGGUAAUGAUUAUUAUGUCGACGCUCUUGCGUCUCUUUACAACCCUUUUGUCUCCGGUUUGGCGAACGGAAAUCUGCCCAAGAAGGCGUUUGUAGAGUACAUCCAGCAGGAUUCGUUCUACUUGGAUGUGUACGAGAAGGCCUACCGAAAGGCGGCGGAGGUUUGCCACUCCCUAGGCUUGGAGGAGUAUGAGAAGACGUUUAUUGGGUUGAUUAGCGGUAUUGUGGGUGAGAAGACGAAGCACCAGGAGCGUGCGGAGGCUCGUGGAGAGAAGAUCGAGCAGCCGGAGAUCUUGCGUGCUACGAAGGGUUACACGGAUCUUCUCACGAAGGCUUACACCGAAGGAAGCUUGUCUGAUAUCAUCGCUGCGAUCCUGCCGUGCAGCAAGCUGUACCAGUUCAUUGGCCAGGAGAUCAAGCGAUCCAUCCCCGACCACAACCACGAGUACUCGGAGUGGAUCAAUGUCUACUCGGAUCCCAGCGUUCAGGCAUCGACGAAGAUUCUGGAGGAUAUGCUCGACGCCGUGCUGACUGAAGAUAAGAAGGAAUCGGCGCGCUUUUACUACUCGGAAGCGAUGCGUCUGGAAUUCGAGUUCUUCAACCAACAGAGCCAUGUGUACGCUCUGCCCACGACCAAGAUCUUCAAGGUGGCCAGUGGCUGCGUGUGCCACAGCGACGUGGAAGUGGAGUGCUCGCAUGUGAGCGAUGGAAAGGUGGAUCGAGAAGGACUGGCUGCCUUUGUGCAGAACUUGCCCAAGCGCGAGAUGCAAGAGUGCAAAUGUAUGGAAGAGUGGAAUUCGAAGGUCAAGGAAAUGAGCGUGGAGUACGGAAAGACGGUCGUGGACCUGAAGGACUUUUCGGAGAGUGAUGAACCUUCCUUGGGUUACGGCUCCUUCGACUCCUUGCCUCAACUUCUGAAGACUACGCUGCCUGUGUUGGUCGCUCCUUCUGCAAGCGAAAUUACCGCUGUAGAGAAGUUUGGCCUGAAGGUACGUCGCCUGCUGACGGCGAUGGCGUAUGAACUGUGUGAUCUCCCGAAGGAUACUGUUUUCUUCGUGGAUCACAUCUUCGAAGUGGGCAUGGCGUUGAUGGGUUCUGCGUUCUAUCCUCGACAGCACUUUGACACGAUACCCACCACGCUCAUUAUCGCUGGAAGCGAUUCGGGCGGUGGUGCUGGAAUGCAAGCGGAUAUGAAGGCUUGCGCGGCUCUUGGCUCGUACACCGUGACGGUGUUCACCGCUCUGACUGCGCAGAACACGCGCGGCGCUCAGCACAUCUACUUCUGCCCUCUGGACUGGAUCGGCGAGCAGAUCGACUCGGUGAUGCAGGACUUCCGGAUGGACUGUGUGAAGACCGGAAUGCUGGGCACCAAGGAGGCUGUGCAUUUGGUGGCGGAGAAACUGAAGCAGUACAACGUCAAGACGCUCGUGGUGGAUCCUUGCAUGGUCUGCCGAAGCGGUAACCGAAUCAUGCUGGACGAUGCGAUUCCUGUGGUGAGACAGGAGCUGAUUCCCCUGGCUCUGAUCAUCACUCCCAAUUUCUAUGAGGCCGAGGUUCUCCUGGAGCGUUCGAUUCCCCACACCGUGGAAGGAAUCAAGGAGGCAGCCCGCGAACUUCGCAAGCUCGGCUGCCCGAACGUGUACGUGAAGGGAGGCCGCAUGGAAGGAACCGACGAAGCCUGCGACGUGCUUUGUUACGGAGAGAACGGGGACUGCGAACUUUUCAUGGUUCCCUACAUCAAUUCUCGCAAUACUCACGGCACUGGAUGUACUCUUGCGUCGUCCAUUGCCGCGGAGCUCUCGCACGGUAAGCCCUUGCUGGAGGCUGUGCGUGCUGCGAAGAAAUACGUGAACGAAGCGGUAGUGGCGAGUCGAUUCCUCCAUGUGGGAAAGGGAAAGCAGGGUCCGCUGAAUCACUUGUACCGCACUUUCCCCUGCGUACAGCAUUAACGAUAAUAUGGAUGUUAUUGGUGGAGGAGUACUUGAGGGUUAUAAUGAUGUAUGUGUUGUUGUAAGUACACUUCAAUGCUGUCUCAGA